AUGAGAAGUGCUGAUCUCCUCUCGUGAGUUCGGUCUGCAUCCAUCACAGCAAACACCGCUCGUCCGCAAAGUGCUCAAUCCGCUCAUCCGCGCAUGCAAUGACCAUACAAGCGAGAUCGGGAACGCCGAAGAGCGCUUAGCCAGGACAGAACACUCUGCGUCCACCUUGCAGAAGCCAGACUGGAUCGAGGAAUCUAGACGUACUCUUGCACAAACACGGCGUUCGCCUUUGUCAAAGCGAGAUGACAAUCAGACCGCGGCCGCACUCAAGCGAGUCUUGCAAUUGUGA